AUGUCGUCGGUCGGCGGCCAGCGCAUCACCAUCAGCUCCAUCUCCUGCCGCGGCGUCAGGGCCUUCGUCCCGUUCCAGAAGCCGCCGCUCUACGCCGCGGUGUCCCUCGGAGGCCGCCGCGAGAAGACGCCGCCCGACGCCGACGGCGGCGAGAACCCGGACUGGGACGACGCGGCGUUCGCGUUCGACCUCGACGGCGAUGGCGGAGGCCAGCAGCAGCAGCUGGUGGAGUUCGAGGUCAAGGCGCAGGUGCCGCUCCUCGGCCACAAGCUCGUCGGCACGGCAAGCGUGCCGGUGGUCGACCUGGCGGCGGGAGGAGGAGGAGGAGCCGGCGACGGCGCGGCGCUGCGGCACGUCAGCUACCAGGUGAGCGCCCCCGACGGCAAGCCGAACGGCACGCUCAGCUUCGCGUACGCCAUCAGCGGCGGCCACGCCGGCGCCGGCGCGCGUCCACCGCCGCAGCUCUACCCGGCGCCGGAUCAAGAUCCGAGCUUUUGCUGCGCGCCUCCGCCGAGCGCGGCGUACUCAGCACCAGCAGUGGCGAGCUUCGCGCCACCGAGCGCCGGGUACCCUCCGCCACCACAGCCGCCGGCUUCCGCUCCUCUCUACCCGCAACUGCAAGACUUGCUUCCGCCGAGCAGCUACCCACCUCACCCACCGCCUAAUCCUCAGUUCCCAUCGCCAAACAGCAGUUACCCGCCGCCGCCACCACCGGCCGCCGUUAAUGCAUACCCGCCGCCGCCCGCGUCAUGUACCGCCUGCCCCGCGCCUCCGCCAGAGCACACCAGCUACCCGCCGCCGUCGACGGCGGCAUACCCACCACCACCGCCACCCGCGUCUUGCGCCGCCUGUCCGGCGCCCCCGGCACAGUACGCCAGCUACCCGCCGCCGCCGCCAUCGACCGCCUACCCGCCGGCACCGCCGAGCGGUUACCCAACACCACCACAGGCGUACCCACCACCACCACAGGCGUCCAAUUUGACCCCUCCGGCCAGCACCUACCCGCCGCCGCCGGAAUUUGGCUCGGCCUACCCAGUCUAUCCAAGGUCGGGGCCUUCGCCUCCGCCGAGCACGGUGGACCGUGCACUGCCGUACUACCCGGCGCCUCCCGGCGGCUCGUACUACCCUCCGCCGGGGACACGGCACCCCGAGGUCAACGGCGCGGGCAGGACGCCGCACUACUACCCACCGCCGGGGAGUAGGUACCCGUAG